AUGGGCGACACGCAGAAGAAGAAGAAAAAGAAGAAGACGGAGGAGGAGGAAGAAGAGUUACGGAUUGUGACGGCCCGAUCACGGAUAAUAGUGGAAGAUUUGGAAGAGGCCGAGCAGAAGUAUCAGGCAGUUGUCGCCUAUUGCAAGUGAGAUCACUAAAAGGUUUCCAGAAGAGUGACUACGAAUUCAGACACUUCAACACGACAUUCAACGACGGAGAGUUCCCUCGGACAUUUUUCAAAUUGACUCUCAAAAAGAAGAUCAAACUCAAGAAGAUUUCGCAAACGUUCACCUGGAUCCGUCCCGUCGAGUACAGGAAAUACAUACCGAUCGGCACAACGGCGAACGGUUUGAUCCAACACUUCCGUGAGCCGCCGCAAUGGUCCGUGAUGGAUAAUCCGACGACGUCUGAAGUGUCGCAGUCGCUUCCGAACUGUGGAUUCGUGGCGGCGCUGGCUGUGGUCGGAGGGCAUCCGGACAUUGUAAAUGCACUGAUUCCCCGCAAUGAACUGUCCGAGUACGGGGUGUACCAAGUGAGAUUGUGUGUGGACGGCGAGUGGAAGACGAUUCUCGUCGACGACUGGUUUCCGACUGCCAACUUGACGUUCAAAACAGCACAUUCAUUGAAAAUGCAGGCAAGUGUUGACGAGUAGCUGUGCUCAGCAACCUAAUUUGCAGUUAUGGCCAUUCCUCGUCGAAAAGGCGCUCGCAAAAGCGUGGGGAGGGUACAAGAAGUUGAAGGGAACUUCUAUGCGGGUCCUCGAUUAUCUGACAGGCGCUCCGGUAACGGAAACCUUUUGGAAUGAGUAUCCGGACGAUCCUGAACGACUGUGGAUGAAACUAUUGUCGGCGAGGUUGAUGCUUGUUGCAAUACCGCAUAACAAAGAUUUGAUUGUUCAGAGCCAGCAACUUUUUGAUGACGUGUGCCACCAGCGAUAAAGUCAAGUGGAGCAUGGGUCUUGUUCGACAUCACGCAUACUCCCUGCUGGACGUCGUCGAAUGUAAUGGCCAUCGACUAUUGUACAUCCGCAAUACUUGGGCUAUCUUUGUGUGGAAAGGGAAAUGGUCGGACUGGACAGGUGGAAAACCAUCGAUGGCCGGCGCCUUUUGGAUCGAGUACGAAGACUUUUUGCGAAAUUAUUAUACGUGUACGUUUUUUUGUUGUUGUUGUUGUUGUAUCGAAACGUCGAAAGCCCAUUUUCCAGUUGUGAUCUGCCGAUAUCGUCCCGCGUGGAGUGUGAUCCGAAUGCAUCUGGUAAUAGACGGACCACUGGAUGGUAGUCAGAAAAUGAUCGAGAUGACUGUGCCCCGAACUUGUGACAUUGCGUUCACUUGUAACAAACCGGGACAUUAUGAUGAAUCUGUAGGCCUGAAGUCAGAGUUGAGCGGAAGAACUCAGCGGAAGAAUUUUUAUCUUUUUUAGAAAAUUUUUUCAUGGAAUGUGAUCAACUGACGAAAUGUGUAGCAAAGGGAACUCGGCUCAUAGAAAAAUAAUUGUAAAUUUAGCUUUUCAUACAAAAAAGUUAUUCGAGUUGUUCCGUUAUCCCACUUUUUUCACGGAACAACUAAAUUUACAAUUAUUUUUCUAUGCGCAGAGUUCACUUUGCUAUACAUUUCGUCAGUUGAUCACAUUUCAUGAAAAAAUGUUCUAAAAAAGAUAAAAACUCUUCCGUGUUCUUCCGUGUUGAGCUCUUCCGCUCAACUCUGCCUAAAGUAUUUAUUUUCUCACAAAUCCCUUCAGUGCUUCACCUGGAUCUUCAUCUAUUCCGCCGAAACUGGUGAAUUUGUGCGACACACAGUUUUGCACCAAUCUUCUUCUGAUGAUUUUCGACUGCCGCAAGGCACCUAUCACAUCAUGCUCUGUCACGUGGGCACCGCAAAAACCGACAGAAAUGUGGCCGUCCACAGCGCGGUGCCAAUAUGCGUUAAACUCGUAAACUUGAACUACAAUAUCGCCGGCGCAUUUCAACAAUCGGUCCUGAGACACGGACGGUGUGUCAGACUGUCCGUGAAUCGAGCGGAUGUGAAAAUAUACAAAUUUUGUGUAGACGAUAAACAUUGUUUGGUGAUGGCCGAAAAUUUGAAUAGCGAAAUGUAUCUUCAUGUGCAGUAGGUUACUUUGCUUUAAAAGCUAAAAAAAAAGUGCAACAUUUUCAGUUUAUACUGCAACAAAAUUAUGAAUCUAGACGACCAUGAUCACGUGUACCAAUUUUCGCGUCAGCCGACCCACACCGAAGACUGGUUCGCCGAUGUGAUUCCGCCAAUGUCUCGACAAAUUCUUCUGAUUGUAUGCUGUGAAGGAAGUCGAGGGUCAAAGAAGCAAUUUCCGAUAGAUAUUGACGUAUGCGAAUCGAUAAUAUCGAAGCACAACAACAAUCUCUUUUUUUUUUGGUUGCAGUAUCAUCUAUCCAAUGAGAAAGUGACAAAACUUGGCCGGAACCGAAAAGCGGAACAUGUACCCGAGAUACAUAAACGCGAUCACAUUCAUCAGACGACUGUCAUCUAG